AUGAGCAGCCGCCCGCCCAGCGCGUCCUCAGGUCCUGGCGGCGGGGCCAUGGCGGAGCUCGCGUCGCUGUCGGAGGACGCGUACCUGGCGCUGAGACACAGCUACGCGGCGGCGGCGGCGGGUCUCCCGUACGGGGCGGCGCGGGGACCCGAGGUGGCCCGCGGCUACGGCGCCCCCAACCGCUCGCUCCGGCUCAGCAUCAACGCGCGCGAGCGGCGGCGGAUGCACGACCUGAACGACGCGCUGGACGGCCUGCGCGCCGUCAUCCCCUAUGCUCACAGCCCGUCGGUGCGCAAGCUCUCCAAGAUCGCCACGCUGCUCCUGGCCAAGAACUACAUCCUCAUGCAGGCGCAGGCACUGGACGAGAUGCGGCGCCUCGUGGCCUACCUCCACCAGGGCCAGGGGCUGCCUACGCCCGUGGCCGCCGCCCCCCUGGCGCCCCUCGGCCAGGCGCCGGUCUGCCCCUUCUCGGCGGGCGCCGCGCUGGGGCCCUGUCCCGACAAGUGCGCCUCCUUCUCCGGGACGGCCUCGGCGCUUUGCAGACACUGCAGUGAGAAGCCCUAA